AUGGGUGGUCCACCUCUGCUUCUCCUCUUUCUGGCCCUUCUUCUGCCGGUCGGCGUGGUGGCCGAUGAGACGUGUCUCAGUCGUGGCCAACUUUUCGGAGUCAUCUUCGGAAGCGUCGCCGCCGCGUUUCUCAUCUCGGCCGCGUUCGCCAUGAUUCUGUUCGUCUGGUUCAGAAGAGCAAGUGAGUUUUGUGUUUUCCGCUUCCAACUCUCGGCAAGUAGUCGAUGUUUAGGCGCGGUGCGAGAGACGGACGAGAAGUCCGCCUACGCAAACGACGCGUGUGACGUCGAGGACAAGGGCUGCGAUGCUCCGAAAUCGCUGAACAAGGACAAAAUGACGAUGAUCGACUCGUUCAAACUGAAGCGGAAGGUCGAAGACGCCGGCACGCAGAAGGCCUACUCGAUGGAGUUCCUCAACGAGGUCGAGGGCAAGGUGGGCGUGCAGCUGCGCGGAGAGGACAUCGGCGGCCUCGGAUUCAACAUCCAGGGCAACAUGAACGAGGGCAUUUUCGUGAAGGAGAUCAUUUCGAAGGGCAUCGCCGAGCAGUGCGGCAACAUUCUCGUUGGCGACAAGAUCAAGUCGCUGACCAUCAACUUUGAGAAUAUGGUCUACGAGGAUGCGGUCACUCUGCUCAGCUACUCGUCGCCCUAUAAGGUAGGGGACUAGAGAGCACAUCGAUCAAUGAAAAUCAAAGUUUGUUCAGGUGAAACUGGAGCUAGAGCGGAAGUUAACGGAAACGGCGUCGACGAGCGACAGCGAUGACGGUAUCCACUUCUAAUCAGUGUCAAUGAAUGACUCUAAAGUGCUCUUGAUUACAGAAAAAGAAAUGCGAUACCACCCAUUGUUCCGAAGCAACACGCUGACCCACGUGCACUUCAACCCCCUGGGCACCACCUUUUCGACCCCAUCGGUCGCCACGACUCCCCAAAGAUGCACGUCUGCCGACUCGAAACAAAAGCACGCGCUGCCCGCGAAGGUUGUACCGGAGCCAGACUCGACGGUGGCGGACGACAGCAGUCGGAUGGAGAGCAGUGACUACGGAAGCGACGGAGUGUCCGACUGCCGCGAGAGCACCGCCAGCGAUGGCACCCAGAAGACGUUGAGCGAGCGAAUCGAGAUUACCGACAUUAUUUUCGACAAGGUCAAGUCGCCCACACCGCCGCCGGCCAGAAAACUCGAACAGUGCACCGAACUGCCGCCGAAGCCACGGAAGAUGGUGUCGAGAGUGAGUGGAGACGUUGAACUAUUUCGAAAAUUCUGAAUUUCAGUCGCCGUCCCCAAUGCACAAGCCGCCGCCGUCGCCGAAAGUGAAUCGGGCGACGAGUCCGCAGAAGGGUCAGCAGGUCGAAGACUCCACACAGACGCCGAGACAGUCCUCGGACACCAAACCGACGCAGACCGAGCAGCCGAAGGCGCCGAUUCCACCGCCGAUCAGCUCGAUUCCGGUGCGGAAGGAGUCGGAGACGCAGACGCAGACGAAAACACCGUCGCCAGUGCAGACAUUUGUGGAGACUGUAGUGGAAAUGGGACCGGAGACGAAGGAGGAGACGCCGAAGGGUCCGGAGAUCACCGAGGCGAGGAUCUCGCGGAUUCCGAAGCGAGCCGACAGUAUCAAGACGCCCGUGGUGGAGAGGAAGCUGCCGGCGCUGCCGAAGAGUGUGACGCAGAGAAGUCACAGUGCGGACAAGGUUUCGCAGGCAGAGAAAGCUGAAAAAAAAGUGAUUAAUUUCAGAAUGAUAAUGUGUGGAGUCGGUUAUACCAAGAGAAGAAGGGUCAGUUGAGGAAGACGCGAGACGUCUCCUCACCCCCAACGGCCCACAUCUCCGCAAUUCCGACGCCUUCUCGCUCCAACAGUAUAUCCGCCGCCGCGCCCGCAACGAAAUCAGCGAGUACAGACAAUGAAAAGUGAGCUUUCCGCGCGCAAAACACAGUGUUAAACGAAGCGAUUCAGGUACGGUACACUGACGCGCGAGAAGCGUGAUCGGUUGAUGGCGAACGACGCGGAGUUGGAGAGGCAACGAGAGGAGCUGAAGAAGUUGGGAGUGUUAUGA